GGCGAUUUUCACGUAAUGGACAGCUCCCCGGAUGCGGCUGUGAUUGACUAGACCAGGCAAAAAGAGAUCGAAAGCCAAGUGGCGGUGCUGCAGCCCCAGUGGUCGUAGGCAGGAUGCAGACCAUAAAGUGUGUGGUGGUGGGUGACGGGGCAGUCGGUAAAACCUGCCUACUCAUCUCGUACACCACCAAUGCCUUCCCAGAAGAGUACAUUCCCACAGUGUUUGACAACUACAGCGCUCAGAUGAGCGUUGAUGGCCGCACCGUCAGCCUCAAUUUGUGGGACACAGCAGGCCAAGAGGAGUAUGACCGACUGCGCACGCUCUCCUAUCCUCAGACCAACGUUUUCAUCAUCUGCUUUUCCAUUGGCAGCCCCUCCUCCCACGCCAAUGUCAGGCACAAGUGGCACCCUGAGGUGUCUCACCACUGUCCCAACGUGCCCAUCUUGCUGGUGGGCACCAAGAGGGACCUGAGGGGCGAUGCAGAAACCGUGAAGAAGCUGAAGGAGCAGAGCCUGGCUCCGACCACCCAGCAGCAGGGAAACGCCUUGGCCAAGCAGAUCGGGGCUGUCAAAUACAUGGAGUGUUCUGCUCUGCUGCAGGAUGGUGUUAGGGAGGUCUUUGCUGAAGCUGUGAGGGCGGUGUUGUAUCCAGUCACGAAAAAGAACCCCAAGAAGUGUGUGCUGUUGUAAUAAACGGUUGCCAGAUUUGGACUGUGGAGAGGGAUGAUGGAGAUGCAAAGGCUGAGGAAUGAACGUCGUCAUCUGGCUGCCUCCAUACCAGCAGUUAAGACUUUGAUUUCAGCUCCUCUGUUACCCCUCUCUUCCUUAUUCAUCUCCUGGAGAAUUUCACUCCGUUGCCAUCAUCACCAACGUGACUGCCAAAAUGGGGGGCAACAGACCGGAUCUCCACUAUUUUCCUUACAUUUUAACUUUUGAUAUUUACACUUUUCUCCAAUUUUACAUCUGUUCUAGAUUUAUAGCUUAUCUGCUUUGCCUUAUAAAUGCUGAUCAUGGUUGUCAAUAGCCAUAAUAACAUCUACAAAGCUACCCUGAUUGACUGGAGAGAAGAGAUCUGCCUUACUUCAGGUGGAGAAAUAAUGACUACCUCAUACUCUCACCUAGGUUGCAUCUCAUAAGUAUCAAGCAACAUCACCAUCAAAAUGCUUUGACUUGCUUAUUUAGAUGUAAUAAACAGCCAAGUAGAGGGUGAACAAGUUUUAAUUUCAAGCAGUUUGAAUCCAGACAUUAUGUGGUGACUCCAAGACAAAUGCCAGUACCCCUUGACCAAUAUGCACAGAUUAUAGGUUAAACUCUCGAGCUGCAGUUCUCCUUGUGCUCAGUCUGUUAUGUUGGAGCUGUCUGGCAGGCUGCCCUUCCAGCCUCUUGCACUGCUCUCUCACUGCCACGCAUGGAAGAGCCAGAAGGCCUUUAAAGAUAAGCGGGACCCAUUGAAAGCAGCUGGCCAUUUGCCCUUUUCAGUAAUAGAGGAGCAGGUGUCAUAAGGCCACUGCCAAAUUAACCCACACUGGUACAGGAUUUCUCAAACUGGCAUAUCAGGAAGUCAGGUUGUAGUACGGCUCUCCUCUGUCUACGUCUUAGCUCUUGAGGUUCACACCAAGUGCCAUUUAAAACAUGCCUAAGAAUUACUUUUUGACAGGGUGAGGUCAAAAAGACUUUGUUGUCUAAUUAUGUAGAAUUUACUCUGUAAAUGAUUUUUUUUUUUUUCUCAAAUGUUUUUAACCCACGAGUGCGGUUAUGGCCAAAGUUGAAUAUAUUUUUUGUAAUAGUUUAUGUUUAUUUGAUCGGUAAGAUGUUUGUGUGUAAUAGUUAAUACUCAUAUUUGAUAAAUCAGAACUCCAUUAUGCUCCUUUGUCAUUUACAUUAUUGCCUUACAUUUAAGGUCAACAGACUAUGACCACUGCCUAAUAAAAAUUCAGUGUAGCAUAUAAUACCAGAAUAUGUUUUAACUGACAUGUGCUAGGCUAUAUAAAUACUUAUCUUAUACGAGCAGGUUAUCUAUAUAUAAGGAGCCCUUUAUUUGGUCAGGUGCCUUAUCUAAACCGAAGACCACCGCAGAGCUCUUUUGUUAAACCCAAAAGUUCUUAUUAUUGUGAUGCAAGUGCCACGAGACCUUCAAUUCUUCAAAAUGUACUGAAGCUUUCCGCCCUACUUUCUGCCAGUAAACACACUCCCACCCUUUGUAAGACACAGGUGUUAAACUGACAUGUCUGUGCAUUUGUCAAACAAAGCACAUGAAGCGGAGCGCUCGUGGCCCGCAGCUCUUAACAGAUUGUGGUUUAAUCGGCACAAGCAGAUCUUGCACAUACGGUUAGCAAGAGCUGUGUUGGUGGAACGUGCCUUGUCACAUCUGAAGAUUUGUAUACAUUUUAUAAAAUAUUUUUUUAGUAAUGACUGGUUGCUCAUUUGUGCUUUCAGCCGCCAGUAAUAACAGCAUCCCUUGUAACAGUUCUGUUCACUCACUCUGUGUUUGAUAAGUCAACCUAGAUUGUGGCCUGUGUUAAGUCGAGCAUAACCGAAGCGCAUCACGAGCGGGAGAUUUUGUGUAACAACGGGGAUGUGGUUUGUGAUCUGCCGAAAUCUUCCCAGUUCGGUGUGUGUGUGUGUGUGUGGAGGGUUGAAUGUAAGUGCACAAUAUGUCAAACUGUCAACUGUGGUGAGCUUGUUUUUUUUUGCCAUGUCCUGAUUUCACUCAGAUAAUGCUGUUGAAGUGGAACAUACACCUGUGGGCUCUCUGUCUGUGUCCCGGACCUGUAUGCUGCCGUGUGCGUGGUACUACACUUUUACACUGGGAACUUGAUUUGUAGAAAUCCGUUUGUAAUUGUUUUAUAUAUAACAAAAGCAUAUUUGUAUAAAUGAACUAACAGUGAGAUGAUUUUAAAUUAUGCCAAAUAAAAAGGUGGUUUAAACCGGA